CGUACACCGAUAUGGGAGACCCCGCCAACUCAACCUGGAUGAACAAAAGGUCGUGAGCACAACUGAGGCCGCCUGGUGUCUCUUGUGCAUUUUCCCCGAGAAUAAUCGGACAUUGUAUUGUACUGUAUCUUCUCCUCUCUGCAGAUAACACCCCAUAUCCGUAGGAAGCUCCAGUACAUUCUCAAGCUUGUCCCUCCGCGGACUGCCACCGUGGCAACUAGGCUUGCGGCGCCCAUGCCCGCCACAGCCGCUCUCCUGGCUAAGCCCGCCAAUCUAUCUCCUUCAGCGGCCAGUCAACACCGAGGUUUCCAAUUGCGAGUUUUCAUAAGACUGUUAUAGGCGCGAUGAUUCGGCUUUCCCAACUGCCGUGGACGCUGACCGCGGCCAUUCUUGCCGCAACAUGGCUUCCGGCUCCCGUCACAGCAUCACCGUCCGUCAACGUUGCCUUGAAGGCAGCAUUCCCCUCCCCCCCUUACUUGGUUGAGUUGCUCGAAACAGCAGCCGCCGACAAUACAACAGCCUACUUCGCUUUGCUGGACCGUAUAUCGAAAGGCCACUUUGCCCAGUCCCGGACCGACAAGGAGCUCUACGAGAAAUUCGUCCAAACUCUUCGCGAUGACGGCCAUAUGGGCGCAGAGGCGCUGUCAACCUUCAAGCUAGCCCUGUCAAUGCGAACUGCAGCACCCCGCGUUGAGGCACACUACCAGUUCUAUACAACCGCCGUCGAACCGUCGCUGCCCGAAGACCAGAACGGAUGUGAACAAUGGUUUCUUGUCGAUGGGAAACAGUACUGCACACCCUCGCUAGAUGUGGCCCAUGGGACCAUAAAGAAGAGCUCCCAAGAACGGACGCUACCGUUCGACCGCAAGUUUGGCGCUGGACCCCGGGAUAUUGUUCUGUAUGCCGACAUCACAUCGCCCGACUUCCACGCCUACCAUGAGGCCGCUAUGGACAUCGCCCGGAGAGGUGAGGGAUCGUACCGGGUUCGGUACCGGAGAAGUCGUGCACACCCGAGCGAGGCCCUCACCGUUAGUGGCUAUGGAGUGGAGCUUACAUUGAAACGCACUGAUUACAUAGUCAUCGAUGAUCGAGACACUGGUGCCACCAAGGCGCAAGGAGACGAAACCCAGAAGCCCCUUGGCACGUCCGAGGUUGUCCUCGACGAUGAGGAGGAGAUUACUGACAUCAAACCCCUGGAAAAGUCUGAGCUAGCAUCGCUAGGCAUGAAGGCAGCUUCGUUCAUCAUGCAAAGCGAGUCGCCCUUCGAGACUCUCCUGAAACUCACCCAAGAUUUCCCCAGAUAUUCCACCUCCCUUGAUGGCCAAAACGUCUCUGCCGAGUUCGAAGCCGAGCACAGGAAAAACAGGGAGAUACUCGUGCCCGAGGGCAUGAACGUUUUGUGGAUGAAUGGUGUGCAGUUGAUAGACCGUCAGAUCCAGCCCUUUGGUCUGGUAGACCUGCUCACGCGCGAACGGAAGUUAAUUAAUGGGGUCUUGGACCUUGGCCUCACCGGCCAGCAGGCCAUUUCCCUUCUCGGACACCCGCAUGUGGCCCAAGCAAAGUCGGGUGAGGACGAGCCUCGCAGAUUCGACUGGAGAGAUCAGAUGGAAGAAGGUCGCGUCAUCAUAUGGCUCAACAAUUUGGAGAGAGACAAGCGGUAUCAAAACUUCUCGCCAAGCUUGUGGGCGCUGCUUCAACAUUUUGGCCAUGGACUACCACAAAUUCGGAAGGAUAUCUUUAACCUGGUGGUCCCCGUGGAUUUUACCAAGCCAGAGGAUGUAAAGCUUGUUACAACACAGCUCUUGUCCUUCAUGAAAAGGCUGAUCCCUGUCAGGUUUGGCUUGGUCCCCCUCACCCCUUCCGGGGAAGCCAUUGAGCAGGCCAAAGUCACCUAUUACCUCCUCAGGAAUUACGGUUUGGCCGCAGCUACCUCUUACCUCGAGAAGUCACUCGAGGCCAAGAAGACUGCCAAACCGGAUGAGGCCAUCUUCAAUGCAGCAAUCAAGGAUAGAAGCCCGCGGCCAGAGUCCGUUCCAUUACCAUUCAGGGACAUUUCCACCUCUGAAGAACUUGAGAAACAGAUCCAUCUCGCCAAGCAUUGGGUAGAACGCCUGCGUGCCGAUGGCCCGGUGCCCUCAGUUUUCUUCGAUGGCUUCGCGUUUCCUCGAGACGAGGAUUGGCUCAAAGUCAUGAACCAGAAGCUUAUGAUGGAUCUACAGAUGAUUCAGCAAGCCGCGUAUUUCGGGAUGGUCAAUGAAGAAACCUGGGUCCCCGGCUAUUUUCUGGAGAACGCCUUGAAACGACGUAACACCUUCAUCUUCCCCGAGGAUUCGCGGCAGCCUACAAUACUCAACGUGAACAAGCUAUACACUGAGUACCAUGAUGUACUCAGCAAGAUUCCCGUAGUUGAAGCCGACAAGGGGUCGACAAAGGAAGAAUGGGCCGCCCUUACCGUCAUUGCUGAUCUGGAUAGCAUUGAAGGACAGAAGCUUGUCUUCUACGCCAUUCGUUUCCGUCAAGGAAACAAUGGUGUUCGGUUGGAUAUCAUACACAACCCCAAGGAUCUAUCUCGCUCGCCGUCGCUGCUCAAUAGGCGCGUCAAGUCUCAGGAGGGCACUCUAGUUACUGUGGGCCGGCUCCUAGAGCUGGAGACAAUUCUGGAAAACGCGGGCGGAGAUGCCGACCCUGCGUAUGAUGCCGCACUGGCUAGUUUCCUCACGAGCGCUAAUCUGAAGGCCGGUGACAAUGCCUUGAUGCUCAACGGCCGUAUUGUUGGGCCUAUUCCAUCGGCUGAUGAAUUCAGGCAGGAGGAUUUUGAGCAAUUUCUCGAAGCGGAGCGCGCGAGCCGAAUCGUGCCAGUCUACAAGGCUAUUGAAGACCUCGGGCUCGCUGACAAGGUUUCCGGUCCCCUAGAUGCAGCCAAACUGACAUCCGUCACUGCACUCUCCGGCAUCUCAGAUCUGCCCCAGGGUAUUUUUGAUUCGGCGCCCUCCAUCAGGACGACAACGUACAAGGACUGGAACUCAACGUACACGUCUUUCCAAGUCGGUGACGCGUCGACCGCCACCAUCUUCUUCGUUGCCGUCAUCAACCCCGCGAGCGAAGUCGGUCAGAAGUGGGCUGCUGUCCUGAGGGUGCUCUCCGAACUAGAAGGUGUACAUCUCCAAGUCUUCCUCAAUCCUCUGGAGGGACUAGGGGAGCUUCCCGUGAAACGAUUCUACCGUUACGUACUUGAAUCUUCUCCGAGUUUUGACGAGAAUGGAAAGCUCAAGACACUCUCGGCCAACUUUGCCAAGGUUCCGCAGGACACUCUGUUUGUCGCGGGUAUGGACGUGCCACCCGCCUGGCUCGUUACUUCCAAAGUCUCCGUUGAUGACCUGGACAACCUCCGUAUCAAGGAUAUCAAAGCCAGGAGAGGCACGGAACAUGUCGAAGCCAUCUACGAACUCGAAAACAUUCUAAUCGAAGGCCACUCGCGCGAGCUGCCGUCAGGGCAGCCUCCUCGAGGCGUCCAACUCGUUCUUGCCACGGAGAAGGACCCACACUUCGCCGACACCAUCAUCAUGUCCAACCUCGGGUUCUUCCAGUUCAAGGCCAACCCCGGUGUCUACAAUAUCCGCCUGAAGGAAGGCCGUAGUUCGGACAUCUACAACAUCGAGAGCGUCGGUGCUAGGGGUUGGGCGGCUGUUCCCGGUGACGAAACCACUGAGGUCGCUCUUAUGGACUUCCAGGGCACCACGCUCUACCCCCGGCUGAAGCGCAAGCCGGGAAUGGAAGAGGAGGAUGUCCUCGGAAAGGCCAAAGUCGAGACGACAGGCAGUGGCGCCAUGGACUUCGUAUCCAAAGGCCUCAAAUUUGCCGAGGGCAUCCUCGGCAUGGGCAGGCCGACUGAGACAAAAUCCACCUCGGACACCCAACAUGCAGAGAUCAACAUCUUCUCCGUUGCCAGUGGCCAUCUCUACGAGCGCAUGCUCAACAUCAUGAUGGUCUCAGUCAUGCGCCACACAAACCACACGGUCAAGUUUUGGUUCAUUGAACAGUUCCUCUCGCCUUCGUUCAAGGACUUCAUCCCCACCAUGGCGGCCGAGUACGGUUUCAAGUACGAAAUGGUGACGUACAAAUGGCCGCACUGGCUGCGCCAGCAAAAGGAGAAGCAGCGCGAGAUUUGGGGCUACAAGAUUCUCUUCCUCGACGUGCUCUUCCCGCUGUCCCUCGACAAGGUCAUCUUUGUCGACGCCGACCAGAUCGUACGCACAGACAUGUACGACCUGGUCCAGCUGGACCUCGAGGGCGCGCCGUACGGCUUCACGCCCAUGUGCGACUCGCGCACCGAGAUGGAAGGCUUCCGCUUCUGGAAGACGGGCUACUGGGCCAACUACCUCAAGGGCAAGCCCUACCACAUCAGCGCCCUCUACGUCGUUGACCUGGCCCGCUUCCGCGAACUCGCCGCCGGCGACCGCCUGCGCCAGCAGUACCACGCCCUUUCGGCCGACCCGCAGUCGCUUGCCAACCUCGACCAGGACCUGCCCAACCACAUGCAGUUCCACAUACCCAUCCACAGCCUGCCGCAGGAGUGGCUGUGGUGCGAGACGUGGUGCAGCGACGAGACCCUGGCCACCGCCAGGACCAUCGACCUCUGCAACAACCCGCAGACCAAGGAGCCCAAGCUGGACAGGGCCAGGAGGCAAGUGCCCGAGUGGACCGAGUAUGACGAGGAGAUUGCGGCGCUGGCGAGGAGGAAGCGGGAGCAGCAGGAACAGCCACAGCAACAUGCAGGGAACGCACAGAGCGUGGAUAAGAACCCCAAAAGUAGACGGCUUGACCAUGACCCGGCUGUUGAAACGGGCCAUGUGGUAGACGAGUUGUGAUCAUGUAGGAGCACAGGCGUUUUUUGAUGUUUAUCUACAUAUAUAAAUGUAUAUAGCGAGAAAAGGCGUACGAACAAUAGGCUGGAUACCU